AUGUUUCUCACAUUAAUGAUGCGGAGACCGGGAGCUUUGUGUUUAACUUCAUGGAUCACAGCAGGAACUGCAGUUCUGUGUUUAACCUUCUUCCAGUCAGCAGACUCCGGGUCGGACUGUGAGCUUGGCGAGAGGUGCAUUGGACAGAGCAAUGAAAACUUUAGCAGCUGGUAUGUGUGGUUCCUGGUGUUGUUUUUCCUGGCCCUGCUCCUGUCCUGCGGGAUCUGCUGCUGCCUGCAGUGCUGGCUGAAGCGCCGGAGCUGCCUGCCCCGACGCACCGUGGCUGUCUUUGCCCUCAGCAGCUCGGAUGCCUUUUGUGCUACUGAAGCACCUCCGUGCCCAUUCUCUGGAUCCCUGAGCUCCUGCAGGACUGCAGAGAUUUCCUCUCCUCCUGCCCCAUGCUUCAGCCUCAGGGGAGCUGAAUUGCCUCCAUCUUAUGAGGAUGUUAUGAAGGAAAACAAGCUCUAG